CCUGCUGUGGGCUAACAACGUUCUUACUGCUAAUGCUAGAAGCUUCUUAUACUUCCAUAUUAUGGAAUAAAAUGAUAACGUGGCGGUCUGGAUGUCUGUAAAUCAUUGUAUCUUGACGUUAACAAAGGAGUAAACAAACAUGGAGUUCCUGGGAGCUCACCUCGCCUUUAAAUCACGCUGGCACACGACAGAUGAAGAACUUUGCAGACACAGUAUGUCAUUUGUUCUUCACAAGGCAAUACGAUUUGAUUUCUUUGAGAGCUACCUCUACUUGUUAGAGAAUUAUCCUCUUGUAAAACUGUUUGCCCUAACUAGUGAAGUGAUCGAUGGAGAGAUGCAGUUUUACGCUAGAGCAAGGAAUUUCUACAGAGAUGUUCCAGCAACAGAAGAAGGGAUGAUGGGUGACUUUUCUGACCUCUCCAACACAGACAUCAACUCAUCUCGAGAAUUUCUAAGGAAAUUUGUUGGCGGUCCAGGAAAAGCUGGGACUGACUUUGCACUUGAUUGUGGCUCAGGAAUUGGAAGAGUGAGCAAACAUGUUCUCUUACAAUUUUUUAAUAACAUUGAGCUGGUCGAUAUGACAGAGUCUUUCUUAGAAGAAGCCCAAAACUAUUUGGAAGAGGAUGCAGAUCGAGUGGAAACACUUUAUUGCUACUGUUUACAAGACUUCACUCCCCCUGCUAGGAAGUAUGAUGUAAUUUGGAUGCAGUGGGUUUCAGGUUACCUGACCGACAAGGAUCUCCUGACAUUUCUGCUUCGCUGCAAAAAUGGUUUAAAAAAUAAUGGGAUUAUUAUUCUGAAAGAUAAUGUAGCAAGGGAAGGCUGCAGACUUGAUCCAACUGACAGCAGUGUGAUUAGAGACAUUCAUAUAUUAAGAAGCAUAAUUGAGAAGACUGGAAUGUCAAUUAUUGCAUUGGAAAGACAACAGGGUUUUCCAGAUGUGUGUGUUCCUAUCUGGAUGAUUGCCAUACAGUAGACCUUUAUUUUUCUUAGUGCUUCACAGCAGCAAUUUAUUAGGUAAAUAAAUAUUCAUGGAUAUUCCAGACAUGUAGAAAUAAAAAAGAAAAUAAGAAAACAUAAUGUGCAAGACAGGAAGGUGAUCCUAAAGGUCAUUAUGUACAGUAAUGUAAUUAUAAUAAUAUAAAUCAUUAUAAGAUGA